CAUCACUCCUCUCCCUCCUUAUUCAAUAUCCUUUUACUAUACCUCACAGCUUUAUCCUCAACUUUCCAUCAAUGGAACUCCAUUCACUCCAACCCUUAUUCACAUCCUCUUUCGCUUCCCUAACUCUUUCCAUCACCAUCUUCAUCAUCCUCGUAGCCAUCGCCUCUCGUUUCCCACGAAGGACCCUCUUCUUCUGCAGCUGCGAAACGUGCCAAGCUUACCUCACAUCAAGCUGGUCCGAACACUUCCACAACCUUUGCGACUGGUACACGCACCUUCUCCGAAACUCGCCAAACAAAACCAUCCACAUACACGUGUUGAAAAACAUCAUAACCGCCAACGCCCAAAACGUUGAGUACAUCCUCAAGACCAGGUUCGAUAACUUUCCAAAGGGGAAAACCUUUUCCACUAUCCUCGGCGAUUUUCUCGGCCGAGGAAUCUUCAACGUCGACGGCGAUUUAUGGCGCUUCCAGAGGAAAAUCGCCAGCUUCGAACUCAGCAAGCUCUCCAUAAGGUCCUUCGCUUUCGAAAUCGUGAACUGCGAAAUCCAACACCGGCUAAUCCCUCUUCUGUCGUCUAACCAAAGCGGCGUCGUUUUGGACUUGCAAGACGUUUUCAGGAGAUUCACUUUCGACAGCAUUUGUAGAUUCUCCUUCGGGUUAGACCCUAUGUGUCUCGAAAAGUCGUUACCCAUUUCAGAUUUCGCUUUUUUUUUCGACGUGGCAUCAAAAUUAUCCGCGGAAAGAGCCAUGGCCGUGUCCCCUUACGUUUGGAAGAUGAAGAGGUUGUUGAACGUAGGUAGCGAGAAACGGCUAAAAGAAGCGGUUAGAAUGAUUAAUGUUUUAGCCGAAGAGGUUAUUAAGCAAAAGCGCGAAAUGGGGUUCUCUCACCACAAGGACUUGUUGUCGCGAUUCAUGAGCACGAUCCAUGAUGACACUUAUUUAAGAGACAUUGUUAUAAGCUUUUUACUAGCGGGUCGUGACACCGUGGCUUCAGCACUCACUAGCUUCUUUUGGCUAAUGGGAAAACACCCAGAAGUUGAGUCAGAGAUUCGGGUUGAAGCGGAUCGGGUAAUUGGACCAAACCAGGAUCUCACAAGCUUCGAACAGCUCAAACAAUUGCACUUUUUACAAGCGGCAACACACGAGAGCAUGAGGUUGUUUCCACCGGUUCAAUUCGAUUCUAAGUUUUGUUUGGAGGAUGAUGUGUUGCCAGAUGGGACAAAAGUGAAGACUGGAACUAGGGUUACAUACCAUCCCUAUGCCAUGGGUAGGUUGGAGGAACUAUGGGGUCAUGAUUGUUUGGAGUUUAGGCCACAAAGGUGGUUGAAGGAUGGGGUGUUCCACCCCGAAAACCCGUUUAAGUACCCAGUUUUUCAAGCAGGGUUGAGGGUGUGUAUGGGGAAGGAAAUGGCUUUGAUGGAGUUCAAAAGUGUGGCACUGUCGUUGCUUCGGAAGUUCCACAUCGAAUUGAUGGCACCAUGUUGUGGAAACCCUCGCUUCUCUCCGGGACUCACUGCCACUUUUAGUUUUGGGCUUCCCGUCAUGAUAUGCAAUUGACUAACGAGGAAAAGUGAGUGGGAUGGGAUGCGAUCAUCAAUGGCGUACGGGGAGAAGCAGG